UAUCUCUACUUUCGUGGCAAUUUGUUAAAUUUAUAUUUAAUUAAUUAAAUUCCCGCGGCAGGCCAUGCAUGAUCCCGUCAAGAAGUCGGCCCACCUGGCCGCCGGCUCCACCAGCACCGCGGAGAAGCUGUGUUUCGACAAGAACGAGUUUAUGAAGGCCAAUUUUUCGGUGGACGAGUUCCUGCACAAGAACCGCAAUGCACCGAGUCUGGAGCAGCUGCGCGACAACCUGGGACUCUACUUAAAAGGCCUGCGGGCGGCUAUGAUUGAUCUGAUCAACGAGGACUACGCGGACUUUGUGAACCUGAGCGCCAACCUGGUGGGUUUGGACCAGAGCAUAGAGACCAUUCAGCGGCCGCUGGAGCAGUUUCGCAGCGACAUCGAGAGCAUCCAUGGCCUCAUAGACGAGAACGUCACGGAGCUUCAAGCCCAAUUGGAGGAGAAGCGAAAGCUGCGCGAGUUCAAGCGAGGAUUGCAGAGCCUUAAAAAGGUCUACGAGACCACCAGCAAACUGCAGGAGCUCAUCGACCGGAAGCUAGGUGGAGAGCAGCCCAUCAAGGCGGUUGACCUGGAGCGCGCCGCCUUGGACCUAAUUCAGUUGAAGUUUCACGAGAAGCACUGCGCAAAGCACUUAAAUGCCGAACAGCAGGGCAAGAUUCAGCAGCUGGAGGAGCAACUGCAUCAGCACCUGCGACGCUUCUUCAACGACGCCCUUAGCCAAGCCCGCAACUCGGCACCCGAAGCUUUGGAACGCUGCCUGCGCAUCUACAUCACCCUUAAUGCCUGUGGCCAGGCGGAGCGCGUUUUUCGCGAGGAUGUGGUGGCGCCCUACAUGACCGGCGUCAUCGGGGAGCAACAGCUGCAGAACUCACCGCAGGGCCUUGCUGGGAUCUACAGCAAGAUCCUUAACUUUAUUUCGCUGCACAUGACCGACCUGCUGCGGCUCACUCUCUACUCCGACAAGUUUCCGGGCUUCAAUUUUGUGGUCAACAGCUACUGGUCCGAUGUGGAGACCCGUCUGGAGCUCCACAUGAACUCCAUAUUUGCUCCGGGCAACUCGGAGGUCUUCUAUGUGAAGUACAAGUGCACCCGCGACUUUCUGGGCAAAAUAGAGGAGCUGUUGACCAGCUCCGGCGAGCAGGCGGUGACCUUCUAUCGCCAGCACAAGCAAACCAAGAGUUUCGAGGCCCGCUGGAAUCUACCGGUCUACUUCCAGAUAUGUUUCCAGGAAAUUGCUGGUCACUUUGAAGCCAAGUUGGAGCCCGUGCUGCAGGACGACACUUUGAAAAGCAAUCUCGGUGAUCAAGACUACAAACUAGCCCCAUUUAAUGCCGCCAAGGAGGCCAUGUCACGCUGCUGGGCGGAGGGAGUUUACCUGCCGGAGGUGUUUCCCAAGUUCUACAAGCUCAACGUGCAGAUAGUCCUGCGUCUCUCCCGCUGGAUCACGGAUGCCAUCGCCGUGUCCAAGGGCAGCCAGUUUGCCAAGUCCUACACUCGCCACCAGCUGCUCAUCGCUUUGCAUGCAGAUAUUCGCAAACUGGACGCCUAUCUGCCGGAGCUUCAGCAAUUGAUUGUGCAAUCCGUGCCCGCCGAGCAGCGCACGAAAAUUUUUAACGAUGUUUUGGGCAAAUCCAUGGCUGCACUGGGAGAUACGCUAGGUGCCCAUUUGACGAGCAUCCAAAAGACCUUGGUGGAGCUGCUGAUCGGGGAAUGCGAGACGGACAAUGUGCGCCAGGUGAACGACUUGCCGCGCUUGUAUCGCAAGACCAAUCGAGAGGUUCCCUCUCGCUGUUCUGGCUACGUGGAGCAAAUGCAUCGGCCGCUCAAAGCGUUUGCCCAGCAGAAUGAAUCCCAACUUGGCACUUUAGUGGUGGAGCAGAUUCUCUCGGAGGUAGCCAGUCACAUAACCAAAGCCUACUUCAACGUGGUGAGUGAUGUGCUCACUUCCGUGCAGAAAACUGAGGAAUCCUUGCGCCGCCUGCGGAAUGUAAAAAGUGGCGGAUCCGCCUCGUCGUCGGCAGGAAGUUCAGCUGUGAUGUCCGACGACGAUAAGAUUCGCGUGCAGCUUCGAGUGGAUGUCACAUCCUGGAAGCAGGAGCUCGGAAAACUGAACUUCCAGCCCACGCAGAUCGAGAAACUGGUGGAGUUGUCCAACAUGGUGGAGGAUAGCAUCAAACUGAAGGACAACAGUGCUUAGAAACGCCGCCAACGAGCAGUUAUUAAACGUAUACACUUCACUUUAUUCUUGUUAAACGAAUUCUAACGAUUCUUUAGGCACAAUUACUGAUUGUAUUAGGACUACGAAUUGUAUAUAAUAUAUAUAGGCAUAUAUGUAUAUCAUAUAUUUAAAUGCA